AUGGAUAAAUAUCGCUGUGAGGAGUCCCCACUGCUUUGCUCACAAAUUCUGAGACUAUCACGUAAACUGGAUUUGAAAAGAUCAUUUAUUCCAAAUCGAACUCAUAAGAAUUACUUCGAUAAAUUAAGGAAAGAUACAGAGAUACUUCAUCAAAGCAGUGAUCCCCAAUUAGCUGUUAACCAUCUCGUAAAUGGACUUAUCAAGGGUAUUAUUAUGCACAAAGAACUAUUAAGAAUAUUGAAAGAGAUAGAUAAAGCAUUUGGAACUGUGGUGGCCUUACAACUCUGUCAAAGUCCAGGAGGUGCCGUUUCACUUUUGCUUGGAAUAGCUGUAAGGCAUCCUUACUCUCGGAAUCUAUCUUCUACUGUGGUUGGCAUACAUGCUCCAUGCAAAAUUCACGUGGCCAGAAUAUUCGACAUAUCGUAUUGCAUGCAUGUAUUCAGGCACAACGACCGCUUGUUAUGA